AUGGGGCCUGUGAGCUGGUCGUGGCUGCUGGCCUCGACGCUGGUGGUGCAGCGGCCGCUGCUGCUGGCGGCCAGCAGCGAGUACCAGUGCCUGGACAGCCCGAAGCUGUUGGAGACCACCCUGGUGGUCUCCGCCUCCAGAGCUGGCAACAACACGAGGGACUUCGAGGUGCCGCCCCUGCCACUCGGCGACGACAGCUUCGCUUACGCGCUCCGCAGCGCGUUCGUCGUCUUGCCGUGGCGGUGCGUCAAAGGUCUCGGCCUGGAGCCAAACGUUGGUGAUCUCGACGGGGCUCUCGACCAGUGGAUGGGUCGAUUUGGCGACCUGUGUGUUGGCGGCCCGUGUUCCAGCAGCCACCUGCGCGGCAAGACGACCUCAGUGUUGAGAGAUUGCACCCUCGGCUGGGUCAUCUUCGCGCACGGCAGCGGCGGCUUCACCUACGACAACCCGCGCUACACGUACAUGAUGGCCGCCGCAGGGUACGGCGUGAUCGCUCCCGACUCCUUCGCGUCCGCAGAGCUCGGACUCAGGUAUAAGGCUCCCGUCGAGAACCUGCCCGCGCACCUCAGGGCCCUCAACAACGGCUCGGGCGGCGGCAGUUAUUGGUGUGACAACAACGUGUACGAGGCGACCUCCACCUGUCCGCCAGCCAUGGCGAAGAGCUCGGGAGGUGCGACGUCGUACCCGCUCUGCUACAGCUCCGACGCGGACGUCAUUCUGUCUGACACGACGAGCUGGCGGCAGUACUACGAGAGGGUGUACCAGCUUCGCCAGAGGGAGCUCGACUACGUCGUGGAGCACCUCCCCAGCUGGGUGCGGGAGUCCCCCAAGCUUUUUCUGGCGGGCGAGAGCGAGGGGGGCAUGGUGGCAGCGCGCUACUACCACCCCAAGCUGGAGCCCCUGCUCCAGGCUGGGGGCAGGGUAGUGCUGCAGUGGGGCUGCGGGUGGGAUUACUACGUCAGCUGCCCCAGCAACGCCCAGAUCGGCGGGGGGCGCGCGGACGUCAGCAGCACGCCGGUGCUGAACGCCAUCUCGCAUGUGGACCCGUUCUUUGGGCCGACGGAGAGCUCCGUGGCGUGGAAGGUCGCGAACGCCCCAGGCGGCUACGGCGCCCGGCCGCCCUCGGGCAACUGCAUGGCGCAGCUCGGGGCGCAGGGCAUCAGGCACGGCUACGUGGUGAGCGACGUGGGCUCGGAGUACCACGGCCUCACCGAGACGAGCGGCAACCUCCUGCGCGCUCUGCUGUUCGGCUUCCUGGCGGCCCCCAGGUCGCCUUCCCUGCUCUCGCGGCUCCGCGAGGAGGGCGGCCGGGGGUGCGCGAACGAGUCCGUCACCGACGGCCUGCGCUUCGCGGAGUGCUCGGAGCUGGGGCCCGGUGAGACGGUGCCUGGCGCGGAGAUGCCAGAGUGCGCGUGGCCUGACUACGACUACCACCUGGAGUACUACCUCCCGGACGAGCCCGGCCCCAACGAGCCGAAGGGCGACGGCAGGGCCGGCGGGGCCGCGCCUUGGCCCGCGCUCCUCCAGCUCAAGCUCGGGGAGCAACAGACUCCCUCUGGCAGCCGCGGCCUCGCCCUGGUGCAGCCGGCCCUCGCGCUCUUUUUGGCCCUUACAGACACCUUCGGGCCCGCGCGCGGCUGCACGGGGCCCGCACUGCACCUCCUCGCGGCUCCGGGGCACCUCGCGGGCGGUUACAGGCCCGCGGGGCCCGGCUCGGCAGGCCUGCGGGGGGAGCUGCAGGUCUUCCUGCGCAAGGACAAGAUCAUGAACACGGUCUGCGGGCUGCUCAACAACACCAGCGAGCACUACAGCGUCGUGCCCUCGGGCCUGUGCCAGCAGGGCAAGUGCACCGCCAUCAUCGACGGUGUCAUCCCAGACAAGCGCUACGUGUUCAACGUGGUGGCAGAGUCUCAGCGCGGGCACAAGAUCGCGUACGCCGGCAUCAUUAUGCGCACCGACUACCGG